AGGCAUCGGUGGCACCAUCGCCGCAUCUCUCAGUACAACUGGGCCAAGCUCUGGAAACACCAAACGGCCACAUGAUCAUGCGAGACGACGAAAUCCAGAGCAAGUGCUACGGCGAGCUGGGGUGUGUCGACUACACGGACCAGUGGUACCACUCGCUGCACCGACCGGUGAACUUCUUCCCGCUGGAGCGCCACCUGAUCGCCGUCAAGUUCUGGGUCCACACUAGGUCAAAACCUCGCAGCAACCUGACCCUGCAGGUGGACGACCCCGGCUCGGUCACCAGGGCUGGCAUGGACGCCCAGAAGGACACCAAGUUCAUCAUCCACGGUUUCCUGGACACGGGCACAGACGACUGGGUGCAGGAGAUGGUGCAGCGUCUGCUGGACGCCGGCGACAUGAACGUUAUCGCCGUGGACUGGCGGUUCGGCGCGCUGCCCAUGUACCAGCAGGCCAUGGCCAACACGCAGCUGGUGGCCAUGGAGACAGCGCACCUUAUCCGCUGGCUGCAGAGCAGCCACGGCCUGAACGUGUCGCGCGUGCAUAUCAUCGGGCACAGUCUGGGCGCGCAGACGGCUGGGUACGUGGGCGCCGGCGUGCCAGGUCUGGGCCGCGUCACCGGGCUGGAUCCAGCCGAGCCCGGCUUCCAGCACAUGUCGCCGGUGGUCCGACUCGACCCCGGUGACGCCCGCUUCGUUGACGUCAUCCACUCGGACGCGCGCAGCUUCAUCACGUCAGGCCUGGGCAUGCUGCAGCCGUGCGGCCACCUCGACUUCUACCCGAACGGCGGCCGGGAGCAGCCCGGCUGCGGCUCCUACUCGGACACCAUCAGCGUCUUCAUGGAGAGCAGCGUGGACGACUUCGAGGCCGAGCUGUUCGCCUGCCGCCACAUGCGCGCCGUGCGCUUCUUCACGGACAGCAUCGGGGAGGGCACCUCCUGCUCCUUCAUUGGGCACGAGUGCGGCAGCUACGAGCAGUUCCUGGAGGUGAGGUGCAGGUGA